AUGAUGUCCUACAUCAAGCAACCACAUUAUGCAGUCAACGGAUUAACCUUGGCUGGAGCCGGUAUGGACUUACUGCACUCAGCCGUUGGAUACCCCAGUAAGUGGAUUUCCUCACCUUCUUCCACUCCACGGAAGCAGAGGCGUGAGCGCACGACCUUCACACGCGCCCAGCUAGACAUCUUGGAGGCACUCUUUGCCAAGACCCGCUACCCGGACAUCUUCAUGCGCGAAGAGGUUGCCUUGAAGAUCAAUCUGCCUGAAUCCAGAGUCCAGGUGUGGUUCAAGAACCGCCGGGCCAAAUGUCGCCAGCAGCAACAGCAGAGCAGUGGACAGGCCAAAGCCCGCCCUGCAAAGAAGAAAACCUCUCCUGCCCCAGAGACCAGUUCAGAAACCAGCGCCAAUGGGCAGUAUAGCCCUCUGCCAACAGGCACGUCGGUUGCACCCAGCUCGAGCGCCAGCGCCACUGUCUCCAUCUGGAGCCCGGCCUCCGUCUCGCCGCUCCCAGACCCGCUGGCCUCUUCCACCACCCCCUGUAUGCAGCGAUCGGCAGCCUUCCCCCUGACUUACAGCCAGGCACCGGGUUACACCCAGACGUACGCUGGGUCUACCUCCUACUUCAGUAGCCUUGACUGCAGCUCCUACCUGUCCCCCAUGCACCCCCAGCUGUCAGCUCCAGGAGCAGCGCUGAGCCCUCUUGCCACCCCAACCAUGGGCAGCCACUUGAGUCAGUCCCCAGCCACCCUCUCCAGCCAGGGCUACAGCAGUGCAGGCAUGGGCUUCAGCUCAGUUGAUUGCCUGGACUACAAAGACCCCGCCGCCUCAUGGAAGCUCAACUUCAAUGCUGCUGAUUGUUUGGAUUACAAAGAUCAGAGCUCUUGGAAGUUCCAGGUCUUGUGAAAGCGGAAGGGGCGGGGGGCAAGAGCAUCGACCUAGCAGGAAACUCGUUUCCCUUUGCAUUGUAUUUGGGGACCACCCUUUUUUCCUCCAGUCUUGACACGAGGCACACUCUGCAUCUUUGCUUGAC